AUGGAGUUCAAGUUCUCCACGGUGGUACAGCCCGAAACCUAUGACGCCCAGGGGCUGUGUGAUGGCCUCACAGUGAGAUACCACAAGAACUCCGAGAUUGAGGAGAUCGAUUGCCUGAGAUGUCAGGAGCACUGGCGCGAGCUGAUCGGGCCGCUGGGGCUCUACAAGGGUGGCUUGGGACACCCAUGGAACGGCAUGAGUAUUGCCAUUCCGGAAGCCCUUCCUGAGAGACUCGGCAUUGUGUCGUAUGCAAAUGAGCUUGCAUUUCUGCAUGACGGCCAGGGGGACGAGCAUAACAAUGAUCUCAAAGCGGCAUUCGACCAAGUGAUCAGGACCGGAACCAUCAACCAUUCGGGCUCCGGGAAGCGCGCGCUGCAGGCCUACGUUGCGAAGCAGAUGCUAAGCAUUGAUAAGGACCGGGCAAUCACGUCGCUCAAGGCGUGGUCAACGUUUCUUGACAAGGCCGGGCGGCAGGAGGAAUGCCGCUUCAAGUCGGAGGAGGAAUACCUCAAGUACCGGAUCCAUGACGUUGGCACGCUUUUCUGGUAUGGCCUGCUCACUUUCGCGCAAGCGAUCACCAUCCCCGAGGACGAACUGGACAUGUGCCAUCAGCUGGCCACCACCGCAUACCUACAUAUGGCGCUGGUAAACGAUCUGGUCUCUUGGGAGAAGGAGCACCAGAGCGCUGUCGCCCUGGGGAAGGAUUACUGCACCAACUUCAUCUUUGUCGCCAUGGAAGAACAUGGGAUCUCCGAAGGCGAGGCCCAAGAGAGAUGCCGUCACGAGAUUAAAAGGGCCACGGUAGACUAUCUGCAGAUCUUUGAAGAUGCUAAAGCCCGCAAUGACCUCUCACAUGAUACCAUGAGAUACCUGGAGUCGGUCCUAUACAGCAUGAGCGGAAACGUGGUUUGGGGCCUGCACAGCCCAAGAUAUUACACUAACGCGUCCUUCAGUGAGCGCCAGCUCGAGUGGAUGAAGAACGGCAUUCCCAAGGAGAACAAGCCUGAGGGCGGAGAAUUCGGAUUUGGUCAGGUGGAGGUGAAGAUGCCCGAUCGCACUGUGAAUGGAAAUGCCAGUCUGCCCGCCUCGGUCCCGGAACAAACCGCAAACAGUCUCGAAGCCGAUACGAGCCUUCUAAGCGCUGUUAUUAAGGAGCAUCUGGUAGGCCGCGAGGGCUUCAAACUCGGAGACCACGAUGUGAAAGUGGAAUCAUGCAACGGGCAGGAUCUUGACUCGAAGGUAGGAAGCACCGCCGCUUUGCCAGGCCGUGUUUUACAGGCACCAUAUGAGUAUAUCACGGCCCUUCCAUCCAAGGGGCUCCGCGAGCAAGCAAUUGACGCCUUGGAUGUCUGGUUUCGGGUACCGAAAGAGAAACUAAAUAUAAUCAAGUCGAUCACCACGAUUCUCCACAACGCGUCCCUGAUGCUCGAUGACUUGGAAGAUGGGUCGGAGCUCCGACGGGGAAAGCCAUCAACCCAUGCCAUCUUUGGGCUCGGCCAGACUAUAAACUCGGCCAACUAUCAGCUUAUCCGUGCAUUGCAAAGGGUCCAUGAACUGGGAGAUUCAAGGAGCUUGGUCGUAUUCACCGAGGAAUUACACAAUCUCUAUGUAGGCCAGUCCAUGGACCUCUACUGGACCAGCAAUCUCAUCUGUCCAUCCGUGAAUGAGUACUUCCAGAUGAUUGAACACAAAACCGGAGGCCUGAUCAGACUCUUCUGUCGCCUUAUGGCCCUUCACUCGACGAGCCCCGUCAAAGCCGACCUCGUCGACUUCUCCAAUCGUCUUGGUCGGUACUUCCAGACCCGAGAUGACUACCAAAAUCUAGUCUCCGCCGAGUACACCAAGCAAAAAGGCUUCUGCGAAGACUUCGAGGAGGGAAAGUUCUCCCUUCCACUGAUCCAUCUCCUGCAAGCCAUGCCGGACAGUUAUGUCCUGAGGAAUGUCUGGAUGCAGCGGCGCGUGAGCGGGACAGCGACGCACGCCCAAAAGAAGACCAUCCUGGACUUGAUGAAGAAGAGCGGGAGUCUGAAGUUUACCUCAGACACACUGGGCGUCUUGUACGGUCACGUGGAAAAGAGCAUUGACGAGCUGGAGAGCAGAUUUGGGGCGGAGAAUUUUCAGUUGAGGUUGAUUCUGGAGUUGUUGCGCAAUGGGUAG